GAACCUUUAAGAGCGAGUUUAUUAUUAAUGUCCGAACAAGAAUAGAAAGAUGUUUGACAGAAUAUAUAGCGAUUAAAAUACGAAAGACUGAACUGACGGAGGUACGAGCGACAGUGAUUAUAGUGGUAAUGCCUAUUCAUCAUUGACCGGUCAUUGACUGAGGUGAAACAAACAUGAUGAUGGGAGCAGAUGGGAGAGCAACAGUAACUGCUGAACUCUUGAACCAACAAGACAUGGUCCCUGAAAACGAAUAAUAGCAGAAGACGUUUAUGGAUCUAAGACACAAAGAUGGCACAGAGUGCACCACUAAUCUUACGCCUUGUUGCAUCAUCCAUUACUGCUGUGAACCGGGCAGGAAAAAUCAUACGAGACAUCAUGAAUGAAGGAGACUUGGGGAUUGUAGAGAAGGGCAAGAAUGAUUUGCAGACAGAAGCCGAUCGUUCUGCUCAGCGCUGCAUCGUGACAUCUCUCUCCCGCCAGUUCCCAUCUGUGACAAUCAUUGGGGAGGAGGGUCCAUCCAAUUGUGAGGUUCCCGCAGACUGGGUGGUGACAGAUAGCGACCCACAGAUUCUGCAGCUUACAUGUCCCAAGGAGCUGCUAGAUGUGAAGGACCAUGAGGUGGUGAUCUGGGUGGACCCCCUGGAUGGAACAUCAGAGUAUACUCAGGGAUUGCUGGACCAUGUGACUGUAUUGGUAGGCAUUGCAGUGGGUGACAGGGCUGUUGGUGGUGUGAUCCAUCAGCCGUACUACAAUUACAAGUCAGCCAGUGGUGAUGAUGUGGGGCGCACUCUCUGGGGAAUCACUGGGAUUGGAACUGGUGGUUUCAAUCCACAGUUACCACCAGAAGGCAAGAGAAUCAUCACCACAACAAGGUCUCACUCAAACACAGUGGUGCAGGCAGCCCUUGAUGCCCUCCAGCCUGAUGAGAUCCUAAGAGUAGGGGGUGCUGGACACAAGGUGAUGCUGCUCAUGGAGGGCAAGGCACAUGCAUAUGUGUUUGCAAGUGCUGGCUGCAAGCGCUGGGAUACAUGUGCUCCAGAAGCAAUUCUGGUUGCUACGGGUGGUUGUCUCACUGACAUGCAUGGCAACAAAUAUUGCUAUAACAAAGACACAUGUCACCAGAAUGUGGGUGGUGUUCUUGCCACAGCAAAAGGGCAGGAUCAUGGCUGGUACCUGAGGAACCUGCCUGACACUGUUCAUCAAACCCUUGUUUAAGUGAUUUAUGACUUCUCUGUUCCUUCAGGAUUUUUUAAUUGGCAUUUCUUUGGGCGAGGAGUCCUCUGUGUUGUAAUGAGUCUUCUGUCCCUAAUUGUUGUGGUAAAAUUGUGAGUAUGUGUGGGUUAUGUUGGAUUGCACAGCAUCCUAGUGAGAAUGCUUUAACUUUUUUUGAAGUCAAGGCUCCAGCAUAUUGAUCCUUGGUUUACAGAACAUUGCUUUCAGCUACAUAGUUUAUUGUUCAAAAGUCGGAUAGGGGAGCAUACUUUAAGAUACUAUCCUGGCAUGUGAGUGGGAGAGGAAGGCAUAUGAAUAAACUUGGGUCAGGAUAGUUAGUAUCUGGGCUCCAGAAUUGAACCCAGGACCUCCCAGAUAUGAAGGAGGAGUGUUAACCAUUACAGUGCAGUGCUUAGUGAUCUUAGAGGCAUGGGUUCAUAUUUCACUUGGUCCUUGUUUUUGAGCUUAUAUUGGGGUUUCAUUAUCUGAACAUCAUUGUGUCGGUGUUCUGUUCCUAUUCAGGAAUGGGAAAUAUUUCAGCAGUUUCUUCAGGUCAGUUGUAUGCCUUGAAUUUUGAGAACAAACCUGCAAUUCUACAUUUUAUUGCCAUUGUUGAUGCAGUGUACAGGUAUUUUCUGAGCUAUCCCUGCAUUAGCAUGACAAAUAAAUGAAAUUAACCCUUCAGUCUGCAGAUGGGAGUUAGGUGCAAGAGGAGCAUUAGUAAGAUAGCAUUUAAUGCUGAAGGCAACAGGAAAAAGUGUGGUAAUACAAAUUAUUUACUUGAGAAGACAAGAACACUUAUUGCUGCGGGUGUUGUAAGUUUACAUUUACAUUUAUUUUUCACUUCGUGGAUCCAAUCAUCUCCCUGUAGGGCUGGAUAUAAAACAUGUCACA